CUUGGACUGGGAGCGCGAGUGGUUUCUGCCGGCGCAGCAGCAGCAGCAGCCGCCGCCGCCGCUCAGUCAGUGAGUGAGUGAGUGAGAGAGAGUCAGCUCGAUGGGAGCGGCCCCGGCUACAUGCCGCUCUCCUUGUUAAAGAGCUGAGAGAGAAGAGAGGGCUGAUCGGUGCCGCCGAGCCACUCUGGUGAUUUCCAUGGAGCGGGCGGCCCGCAGUCGGUGUCUCCGGGAUGUGGAGUUCGGCGGCGGACGGCGUGGGCAGCGGCUGUGGUGAGAGAUUGUGCAGGCCACCCUGUCUUGCUGCAGAACCCUUCAGCCUUGCUUCUCUGUCACAGUGCAAUGGAUCCAGAGACAGGGUUAAUACAAUCGGUGUUGUAUGUGUGGCUGACAGUUCUUUUCUCCUGUACCAGGGCAGACCUGGCCCCUCAAUUUUCUGCAGAACCCCGCUCCAUGAUACAGAAACUAGGGGGGCGAGUUCAGCUUCGCUGUGCUGUAGAACCUGCUUGGGCACGGAUUACAUGGCACUUCAAUGGACAGAAAUUAACAGACAGUGGGCAGAAUGGAAUAGAGAUCCGGUCUGGGUCAUUGACUAUCUCAAAUCUACAGACAUCCCAUGUUGGGAGGUACCUAUGUGUGGCAAGCAGUUCUGUCGGUGCAAUAGUGAGCAGACCUUCUUCCAUUACCGUUGCAAGUGUAAACGAUUUCCAGGCACCGAGCCAGCGAGUAGUUACAGUGGAUGAAGGAAGCACGGGCAUCAUAGAAUGUCAUCUACCUGACAGUAAACCCCCAGCACUAAUCCGCUACCGAGUGAGGGGCAAAUGGCUUGAGCAAUCUACAGAUAACUACCUAAUUCUUCCCUCUGGAAACUUGCAAGUACUCAACGUCACACAGCAGGACAAAGGAACCUACAAAUGUGCGGCAUACAAUCCAGUCACACAUGAGAUGAAAAUGGAACCUACGGGACAUAAGCUGCUGGUUAGGCGCCCUACAAGCAAUCCUGCACACAUCAUUUACCCCACAACCCCACAGAACAUAACAGUGAUUCGGCACAAUCCUCUGUUCCUGGAAUGUGUACCAAGUGGAGUCCCAACCCCGCGUGUCCGAUGGCUAAAAGAUGGUAAGGACCUGUCUGGGAAUGAGAGAUGGAAACUCUAUCACAGUAACCUGGUUGUUGAUCAAGCUGGAGCCUUGGAUGUUGGUAGCUACUUAUGUAUUGCUGAAAAUGGAGUCGGGGAGCCAGUGUCUGCAAACUACACAGUUACUGUUCAUGAGCCUGCUACAAUUAUCAAAGGGCUGCGAGAGCUGACUCUAUCAAUGGGAUCCACAGCACGUUUAACUUGUGAUUAUCGUGGAAACCCAUCGCCCAAUAUCACCUGGUACCACAACGCAGUUACUGUUCAAGCAGGCCUUCGACAUUUGGUCUCUGGAAACAGACUGAAGAUUGUGGGACUUAUUGCUGAGGAUGCUGGGAUGUAUCAAUGCUUGGUGGAAAAUAGGAUUGGUUCUAUGCAAUCAUCAGCUAGGCUCAUGGUCCAAUCAGACAGAGGCACAAAACCUGUGAUUACCUCCCCACCCAACAAUUUGAGAGUGACUGAAGGAGAAUUUGUUACACUGACCUGCAAUGCCACUGGUCAGCCAACACCUAUCAUCCGCUGGUUUGACCGUCAUGGACUAAUCAGCAGUCACCCUUCCCACAUUCUCCGGUCGAAAUCUCGGAACUCUCAAUUAUCUGGCGUGGGCAGUACAAGCUCCAAUGCACCUCACCUUACAAUGUCCAGGGCUGGAUCGAGUUCUCUUUAUAUACGCACUGCAUCGCUGGAAAGUUCUGGGCAAUACAUUUGUGAAGCUUCCAACAAAAUUGGUUCAGUACAAGCAGAGGCCUUUCUGUCAGUUGUUCCCUUUGAAACAAAGACCAGAGUUGAUGAACAAGAGCCUGCACCACCAGCAAGAGGUUCCGAUAUUGUUCAGGGCGACGAAGGUGAUGAAAGUAUUGGCCAUGAUUAUGCCUAUGACACCAUGCUGCCGGAGCACCAGCCAACGAAAGAAUCCAUCAGCCCUGUGCCAACACAAAAGACUCCACCUGAUGCUCCCAUCAUUCUCAGUGCUCCAUAUACAACUAACCCAGACAGCUAUGAUUUAACUUGGAGAGCAGGAAAAAAUGGUGGCUCACCCAUCAAUGCCUACUUCGUCAAGUAUCGCAAGCUUGACAACCGUGGGAAUAUGUUGGGAAGCUGGCACACGAUCAGGGUUCCUGGCAGUGAGAAUGAACUGCAACUUGCUGAGCUCGAACCCUCUAGCCUGUACGAAGUAUUGAUGGUUGCACGAAGUGCUUCUGGCGAAGGACAGCCAGCCAUGCUAACGUUCCGAACUGGCAAAGGGCGAUCCUCCACCCCGAAUAAAAGCUCUCGGCCAUCAUCACAACCAGCUGGAGUUCCCAAACAAACAGCAGUUGAGGAUAAGAGUGGCACUAAUUUUGGCGUUGUAAUCUAUGAUCCAGCACGACACAGCGGAGUCCCUGAGGCACCAGACCGUCCUACAAUCUCAACUGCCUCAGAAACCUCUGUGUAUGUGACUUGGAUCCCAAGAGCGAAUGGGGGCUCCCCCAUCACCUCCUUUAAAGUGGAGUACAAACGGAUGGGAAGGAACAGUGACUGGCUGGUGGCAGCAGACAGCAUCUCUCCAUCUAAACUCUCAGUGGAAGUGCGCAGCCUUGAACCAGGUGCUGCAUACAAGUUUCGUGUGAUUGCCAUCAAUGCCUAUGGGGAAAGCCCAAGAAGCGCAGCCUCACGACCAUAUCAAGUGGCAGGAUUCAGCAACCCAUUUUCGGCACGUCCAAUCGCAGGUCCUCACAUUGCUUAUACAGAGGCUAUCACUGACACUCAGAUCAUGCUGAAAUGGACGUAUAUUCCAUCCAGUAACAACAACACUCCCAUCCAAGGAUUUUAUAUCUAUUACCGACCAACUGACAGUGAUAAUGACAGCGACUACAAGCGAGAUGUAGUAGAAGGAAACAAGCAAUGGCAUCUCAUCAGUCAUCUGCAGCCUGAGACCUCGUAUGAUAUCAAAAUGCAGUGCUUCAAUGAAGGUGGAGAGAGCGAAUUUAGCAAUGUCAUGAUCUGCGAGACCAAAGCACGGAGACCACCUGGAUCCUCCGAAUACUCUGUGGUGAUGGGCGAUGACCUGAGUACACAACCUAAUCUCGCUGACCACCUGGGUGGUGGCCAUGGGGCAUCUCCCUCUGGUACACGGAGCAGUGACAUGCUAUAUCUGAUUGUGGGCUCAGUGCUAGGAAUCAUGGUUUUAAUCCUCAUUAUCUUCAUCGCCAUGUGCCUGUGGAAGAACCGCCAACAGACAGCACUACAGAAGUACGAUCCCCCUAACUACCUCUACCAAGGCCAGGAGGUAAACGGUCAGCUGAUGGAGUAUACCACCCUGCCAGGCACCAGUCGAAUUAAUGGAAGCAUUCAUGGCAGCUUCAUUGGUAAUGGGAGCCUCAGCAAUGGCUGUCCACAUCUGCACCACAAGAUUUCAAAUGGGGUGAAUGGACUGAUGAAUGGUGGAAUAAAUGGAGGGACAGCAUUAUACCCUAACCACACAAACUCACUGCAGAGGGCCCAUGUGGACUACGAUCAGGCACACCAUAUUAUGAAUGGAGGUGGGAUAUACACUGCACUCCCACAGACAGAACCAUCAGAGUGCAUCAACUGUCGCAACUGCAGGAAUAACAACAGCAGAUGUUUCACAAAAACCAACGGCACUUUCCCGAGCAACAAUUUACCCAUCAUUCAGCGAACUCCAACCUGCCACCAAGAUGGCAUGGAGAUGGUGCCUCUCAAUCACAUCAUUGCUCCAUUGUGCCCUGGAUCCAUUGCCACUGAAAAUAACCAAGAGGCAGAGUGUGAGAGUACAAAGGAAAGUGCUCAACAGUUCCCUUCUCAAGAUUCCUGCUGCAAUGAUCAUCUGGACCAGUCAUACAAGGACAAUAUGGAAGAUGACGAAUAUCCUGAAUUUGAAACUGAGAACCAAACGCUGAGUGACGUUCCUCCUUCUCUUGACUCUGCUUCAAUGGACUGUAAUUAUCCGACAGCCUGGAGUAAAACAGGACCUGCUGAAGACAGCUCUUGCAAGGACCCAACAGAAGAACAACUACAGGAAACCUAAGAAGCCCAUUCUCUGUUUGUCUGAAGCCAGUAACUGCACCAAGUCACUGAAAGGACCAAGGAGGGAUCAGAAAAUAGUGCUAUUUAUUUUUUGUAGUAGUAAAAUAUUACUCCAUAUGAAUGUAUCUGGUUUAAAGAUGUCUUCACCCUUUUUUAAUUAUUUAUGCUUUCUGCAGAGAAGUUCCUUCUCUGCAGAAUGUGGAGUUUUAGCCUUGUUUUGUAUAAAGUUUUGUAAUAAUAUAAAAAAAGAAGCUAUAGAAAUUGUUAAUUAAUGUCAGAUCAAACCUAUCUGGUGGAUUGAGAAGCACUUGUAAGGAGGACAUUUUAAGAUUCAAUACCCAGAUUAAGAUAGAGGGAGCUGAUCCCUGAAAGAACCUGUACAACGGGUAAUGCAAAUGGAGAAUUUUGUUGUAACAGGAACCUGAUGUGCGAUGCAUGUGACACAGAAUUACUGAGAUGUUGGUAAUAGGUGAUAGAACUUCUUGAUCAGACAUGAUCUUUAAACUGACUCCAUUUACAUGGACCGGGUUGAAAGCUCCUUGUUUGCAUUGUGACCAUGGACCCAACAUUUAAUACUGCUAUUGACAAAAGAUGGAGCUCAGCCACAGCCUCACUGUAAUGGGUUGGCCUGUUUGGUGCUGGUUUUCAUCUAUCACUUACCACCGUCCCAUCUCAAGUUGGGGUAAGAUGUGAAUUCAGUAUGCCCUACUUCUUUUCCACCCUUGGUGCCUGAUUGAAGCCACCCAAGUUGGGGGCGGUUUUUAUUUUGCCAGUGUGAAAGGCAACAUUUACAGAUAUAGUAUUUUCUUAGGGCUUCAGUCAGCAACUGUAGAAUCCCACAAUGAGACAAGCAAUAGGCCCAACCUCGCAACAAUCUAGGUCUUGCUUUCCUUGGGCAAAUGUACAUUUUGCUGCUCGAGUUUCAGUGCUGAAUAUCCAGAAUUUGUUUCCUAAUAGAACAGACAACACUAUACAAAGCAAAACAUUUGAUGUCCAUGUAAAUGGAGGUACAGAGCUUCACCAGUCUUCAUUCAUGCAAAGAAAACAGAUGGCCAGCAGGCCCAACUGCACCGACUAACCAAGUCAACUGCUAUCAUGGUAUUGCUUUGGUUAUUGGGGAAUGUAACAGAGGUUUAAGUAUUCAUUUGUAUGGUGAAUGCACUUUUUGGAUGCAUUUAUCCACCUGUUACAAUAUUAACUUCUCAAACCCUUUUAAUCGAGGGAAAAUGAAGUUUCAUUGAAACUAUUUGUACUUGGUUGAAUUGCAGCCAUUUUAAUGUAUUAUAGGUUGACUCUGCCAGUACUGUGGUGUGUUAACUGUUUUAUGGUUUCCUUGAAGAUUGUUACCAUGCAUUGUACUUAGUGUGGUGUGAAGUUGUUCAUUAAUAAUGUGUCCAGUUUUCAGGCACCUUCUGUCAUGUUUUGUUUGUAGCAGCUUUGAGCCUUGGUGUUGCUGAACAAGGGAGAACCAUAGGACACUCAUUUCUGUAAUAUAUGUUUGUUGGUAAUAGGGGAGACAGCAAAGCAAGAGAACUUGUGGCUCUGUCAACUUUUGCUCAGUGUCCCAAUGUUGCAGUUCAACUAUCAUCAACAUUUCUCCCUCGUCAACCUAGGAUUAUUUUGGUGCUGUCAGUGGGUGCAAAGUGAACUAAAUUUCCUGUCCCCUCUAUCAUGCCUAUUUCCCUUACUCACACUACACAAAGUGGUGAACACACUGGCCUUGUUUCCUUACCAGUGAAUAUGGACACCAUGUUCACUGUUGUCUUUACACUGAUGUGACUGGGGCAUUUUCUCAGUUGUGAUGAACAAGCUGCAAAAACACAAACUCGUGACUGAUGGUGUGAAACAUGGUUAUUUGUUCUCGGAGAAACAGAAUCCCUGGGUCGGAAUGCUGGGUAAUGAUGUGAGGGAGCGGUCAGGAGAACUGGAGUUGAGGGGUUUGUUUAUAGUACAUGUGGUCUGAUGGUUAUGGGUAAUGAAAACACAUUGAUCAUUGAUGCAUGAUUCUUACACUAUAAAGACAAAAUAUACACAUGGAUAAGAAAAAAAUUACUUGGUGUAAAUAAGAUGUUCCAAGCUGCUAGCAAUUCACAAUUCAUCAGCAGCUGAAACUGAUUUUCAAAGGCCGCCUUUGAGUAAAAACUUGGGGUUGAAUUAUUGCUGGUUUAAGGAGAUCCAGCUCAGGAGCUAGCCAGUGUCAGAUUAAAACCAGAAUAUACUCACCAUCUCUGUCAGCACCUGGAAGAAAAAACCGGUGGAUAAUGCUUUGUGGAAUUCUCUAUUAGAAAGGAGCCAGCUCGCUAAGCUGCAUUUUCUCUCGGAUGCUGCCAUACCUGCUGUGUAUUCCUGGAUUUUAAUCUUUCAUUUUUUUUUUAUCUGUGACCACAAUGCUUGUGUAUAUACAAGAGUGAUGCAGGACCGUGGGGCACUCCAAAAUGAGAGGUAACACAUCAGAGGGGCUUGGACUAUCUCGAAACGCUUCUUCAGACCUCAGCACCUGCAUUUAGUUUAGUUUUUUUUUAAUCACUUCUCUAAUUUCGACCGCCCCCCCAACCCAAAACUGCCAACUGUUGCAUUUUAAGUGGCAUUGCCAUCUGACUGUCCUGUGAACAAGAGGUGUCCCGAUUACCCAGUGACUAAAUUGCAGACCACAAAGUGUCCUUGAAAAUGUCAUGUCAAGAUAAAAAUUACUCUUUCCAAAACUGAAUCCUUUUAAUCAAGCUUCCCGAGUUAAAUGUCUGUUGAAGGAACUUGCACUAAUAUUCCUCCCCCAAGCAAUGAAGUAACAGGUUAUAUAGAGGCAACAUCACUUUCAAUAGGUCAACUCACCUCACACGGAUGUAAGUGAACACAUUUGCUCACGUGACACCUUUGGGCAUGGAUGCAUUAUCAAUUAUAUGGCUUGCAGAAAGAUUUGAUUAUAAAGUUAAUUCACUUUUUGCUUGAAUCACAAAAGAGCAUCUGACUCUGAGAAGGGCUUUUAAAGCUACCUUAAUCCUGCGGGCUAGGAGGGUCAGAGAUCACAUGAUUAUUAUAACAUUCCCUCUGCAAAAAAUAUUCUAGCUCGCUGGUUAAUACAUUUGUGUUAAAUUCUUGUUUGUUAUUCCUGUCUAGAAUAUUUUAAAUAGGAUAACAAUUUUUACUGUACCAGACAGGUGUAUAAGGCAGACUUACAAAGCAGUGCACUGAGGACAGAGCAAAUAAAAGGAUAAUGUUUUUCCUAUUGUUUAGUCCUAGUGCAGAGCCUCUCCUGCUAGGGCGUAAGUUAGGAAAUCUCAGUCCACAAUUGUCUGUCCACAGCAGCACUAGAGAAGCCACAGUUAGCCUCUCUGCUAGGGAUGAAAAAGUUUGUACUCCUGAUCACUAUCCAGUGAGCUCUGCUGGAGAGUCUGGGUUUAUGGGUAUUGGUUGAUGGUCAAACUGAGUUCAUCUGCAAUAAUUUUCUCACUUUCCCGUUGAGAGAAAACCGUGGGCUCUGCACAGUUUCCAGAAUUGCGCACAGUGGGUGUGAGGUUCCAUGCCGAGAGCAUUUAAUUGUAAAAUAUUACCCUCUGAUUCCUUCAGCGCAUCACUUAUUGUCCCAAAAUCUGUUUCCAGAACUGAUUGUUUCAUAAGGAAUCAAACUGGCUGAAAGUUUUUAUAUUUUGUACUCUUUACCUGUCACCCUCUAUCGAAAAGAAAUAGUGCUGUCUUUUUUAAAUGCAUGUUUUUGUAUUAUAUAGAAAAUAUGCUAUAUUUUCAUAAAUGGUUGUAAUAUUCUUGUUGAAAUUGUACAUAUUUUUUAAAUAUGAUAGCUCAGCGAGAUGUGUUUGUAAGAUACUGUUAAUAUUAAAGAUGAUGCUGUUGCCUCCACUUGCUAAGGGUCCUAGUGCUGCAGCAGCACCAAAUAGCGCCCAGA